CGCCAAGCCAACACCUCAGCACCUUAUCCCUAAGCAUUCGAAAUGGCCCUCGCUCAGAAGGUUGCGACCCGCCCCGCUGUGGCCUCCCGCAGGGGUGCCGUGGUUGUGCGCGCCUCCGCCGAGUCGCGCCGCGCGGUCCUGGUCGGCCUCGCUGGCUCCGUUGCUGCCCUGACCCUGGCCAACAAGGCUCAGGCUGCCGCCACCAGCGUCGACCUGUUCGAUGACCGCAAGGUGCUCGCGACUGGCUUCGACCUCAUCUACGAGGCUCGCGACCUGGACCUGCCCCAGUCCGUCCGCGAUGGCUUCGUCCAGGCUCGCUCUAGCCUGGCUGACACCAAGGCCCGCGUGAAGGAGUCUGAGGCUCGCAUUGAUGCUGACCUGGAGCCCUUCAUCAAGAAGAACUACUGGGUUGAGGCUCGCGAGCAGCUGCGCCGCCAGGUGGGCACCCUGCGCUUCGACCUGAACACGCUGGCCAGCGCCAAGGGCGAGAAGGCCGACAAGAAGAAGGCCCUGGCCCUCAGCAAGGAGUUCAUCCGCAAGGUUGAGGACCUGGACUUCGCCCUGCGUGAGAAGGACGAGGCCUCCUCCCUCAAGAAGCUGGCCGCCACGCAGUCCGCCCUGGACUCCGUGCUGUCCUUCGUCCUGUAAGCGCCCUCCCCUCCCCUCCCUGCCCCGGCUGCUGACACCAGCGCUGUGAUGACCCAGCUUACGGUAGCUAAGGUCCCGCAUAGCAUGGUGCUGGCUACUGGGUUGGUUGAUGCGUGGUUGGUCGUUGGGACGAGCGUCGGAUGCCGAGAGGAGCGCGGGCACGGCUCAGCGGUGCAAGAGCACAAUCUCUUUGUCGUGAAGUGGUUCGGAAGCCGGUUUUCUCACGCAAGGGUGUAGCACCCGAGUUCGGCUUUUGGAUCCCUUUACCGCCUCAACAGCUGUAGAGGUGCUGCCGUAGCGGUUUUUGCCGGUCGUGUUGUUAAAGAGGACACGGACGUGAGAUGAAGAGUGUCGUAGACAGGCCUGCGCUUGCGCUGUAAGGGUUACGGCCAAGCGAGAAGAAUUCUUUGAGAAGACAACAACAGUGUGAGCAUCUAGGAAGGGGCCUGACCCGAAAGGGAAAGGCUCCGGGCUUUCUCAGGCAAGCCACAACUUGUCAUGGGGGGCUGCAUUUGUUUCGGUGGUGGUGUUGGGUGUGUUUGCAGGUUCCCUGUAAAUAGCCAUGCGGACAAGCACGCAUGAUGUAUCAUAACAAGCCGCCCGCACUUAAUGUGUGUAAGCUUUUGUCCUAUAGGAA